AUGGCGUUCUUCCGGGGCCUCACCGCGGUCUCGAGACUGCGAUCCCGCAUGGCGCAGGAGGCCACCACGCUGGGCGGUGUGAGAUGGCUGCAGAUGCAGAGCGCGUCCGAUCUCGAUCUUAAGUCCCAGUUGCAGGAAUUGAUUCCAGAACAGCAGGAUCGCUUAAAGAAGCUUAAGUCAGAGCACGGAAAGGUCCAGCUUGGAAACAUAACUGUGGAUAUGGUCCUUGGUGGAAUGAGAGGGAUGAUUGGAAUGCUUUGGGAAACAUCCCUACUUGACCCAGAGGAGGGUAUUCGUUUUAGGGGCCUCUCAAUUCCAGAGUGCCAGAAAGUGCUGCCAACAGCAGUUAAGGGUGGUGAACCUUUGCCUGAGGGUCUCCUUUGGCUUCUUUUGACGGGGAAGGUCCCAACCAAAGAGCAAGUUGAUGCUCUAUCAAAGGAAUUGCUUGCGCGCUCAACUGUCCCAGCUCAUGUCUAUAAGGCAAUAGAUGCUCUCCCAGUAACUGCACAUCCUAUGACACAGUUUACCACGGGAGUAAUGGCUCUUCAGGUUGAGAGUGAAUUUCAAAAAGCUUACGACAAUGGAUUGCCAAAAUCAAAGUUUUGGGAGCCUACUUAUGAAGACUGCUUAAAUUUGAUUGCUCGGCUUCCGCCAGUGGCUUCUUAUGUUUACCAGAGAAUUUUCAAGGGUGGGAAAUCAAUAGAAGCUGAUAAUUCUCUGGAUUAUGCGGCAAAUUUCUCACACAUGCUUGGUUUUGAUGACCCCAAAAUGCUGGAGCUGAUGCGGCUCUAUGUAACAAUUCACACUGAUCAUGAAGGCGGGAAUGUCAGUGCUCAUACUGGUCAUCUGGUUGGGAGUGCUCUAUCAGAUCCUUAUCUUUCUUUUGCAGCGGCUCUGAAUGGGUUAGCUGGGCCGCUGCAUGGCCUUGCAAAUCAGGAAGUUCUUCUAUGGAUCAAAUCUGUAAUUGAGGAAACUGGGAGUGAUGUUACAACAGAUCAACUCAAAGACUAUGUCUGGAAGACACUAAAGAGUGGAAAGGUUGUUCCUGGGUUUGGUCAUGGAGUUCUGCGUAAGACAGACCCACGGUAUUCAUGUCAAAGGGAGUUUGCCCUGAAGCAUUUGCCCGAGGAUCCACUUUUCCAACUGGUGUCCAAGUUGUAUGAAGUUGUACCUCCGAUCCUCACUGAGCUGGGCAAGGUCAAGAACCCAUGGCCGAAUGUUGAUGCUCACAGUGGAGUUUUGCUGAACCACUUUGGACUAUCAGAAGCACGGUAUUACACAGUCUUGUUCGGUGUUUCGAGAAGCAUGGGGAUAGGAUCUCAGCUCAUCUGGGACCGUGCCCUUGGCCUGCCACUUGAGAGGCCGAAGAGUGUUACCAUGGAGUGGCUGGAGAGCUACUGCAAGAACAAGGCUGCUUGA